AUGGAAGAUAGUGUGACUGUAUUUAAUAAACCGAUUGAAAUUUCAAAUAGUAAUUCAAUUUUAUCAAAUAUAACUCCACAAACAAGUACACCUAUAAUACAGAAAUGCGAUUCUGCAUAUAAAAAAAAUGUUGAACUACUUAAAUAUAGUCCUAAUAAUAGUAAUCAAAUUAAUAAUGAAAAUGAAAGUUUUGAUUAUGAAAAAAUUAUUAAUAUGAGAGUUGGUAAAGAUGUUAGUUUUGAUAAUAUUUCUUUCCCAAGCCUCGGAGAAAGUAUGUCAAGUAGUUUAAAUGUUACUACACGUUCUUCGGAUGCUCAUAAAAAUGAAUUUUUAGAAUUAUAUAAUUCAAAUAUUUCAGAGAAUUCUCUGUCUAUGAAAGAUUCACAAAAAUCUGUUUUGUUAUUAGAAAACAACUCAUCUAUGUUAAAUCCAAUAAAUGUAAAAUGUUCACAAAAUGGGUAUAAUAGUAGUUUAUCUAAUAACAGUUAUUUUCAAGAAAAUAAUAGUACAUCUGAAAGAAAUAUAAAUAAUAUUUCUAAAAAUUCAAAAAUUAGCCCAAGACAAAAUAUUUGCUUAGGUGAUUUUAUUGGAACAGAAAUUCGAAGUUUAAAAAAAGGCAAUAGUAAAAAACAUAUUAAAAUAAUUGCAAAAAAUACAGAACACAGAGACAAUGAUCAAAAUAAUGUUUCAUCUAACUCUAUUAAAUAUUUGAAAUGUAACAGAAGAAGGAAGGUGAAUCCUACAAGGCUUAACAAUUCAGAUGAAAAAGGGAAUACACAAAAUAUUUUUGGAACUGUAUCAAGACCUUUUACUCAAAAUCCACAGUUUGUGAAUGUAUCACCAAUCGAUAAAUCAAUAGAUAAUGCAUCUUUUGAAGUUGAAAGAAAACUUGUUAAAAAAGAACGAGAAAGAAAGUCUGAUAUCACAAAUGUAAAUACAGAAACAGCAUUGGAAGUAAUUAACGAACAAAAUUUAUCAAAUAAAUUAUUAUUUAAAACUUCACAUAAGAUUAACCAAUCAUAUUCUGCAAUUAUUCCUGAUAAAGCAUUAGUGAAGAAUGUAGACAUUUUAGAUAUAUUAGUUGUACUGUAUAAUAGAUUUUUAGAUUUUAACUUAAUUGUUAAUCCAAUGACAGAAUUAUAUUUUAUUAUUCAACUGAUUACUAUUCAAUAUAAGAAUAUUGUUCCAAAGCAAUCUUCUGUAUUAAAUAAAAUAACAAAUAUAGAAAACCAUAAAAUACAUUUAAACAACGAAUCUGAUAAUAUACCCAGUAAUAUAUUAGUAUUACAAAAUUCAUUAAAAUUUGAUGAUUUACAAGAAAACAAUGUUAAAAAUAUUAAUUAUAGUAAUGUAAAUAAUGAGCAGUAUUUUAAAACUGAUGAACUUACAUAUUAUAAUUUAAUAGGUGAUACAAACAAAAAUAUCAAUUCAAUUAAUAAGAAAUUGAAACAAUUUUCAGAAAAUAAUAAUGAUUAUAUUACAGAUCAUGAUAAAGCGAAUAAUAUUGAAGAAUUAAAUAUUGCUAAAGAUUAUAUUAAAAAGUAUCUUGAUACUCCUCAUAAUUGUGUAUACUUUUCUACUCAAGUUCUCUAUUAUCAAAAGCCUUUUUUAAAAUGCCUAGAUAGAGUAACUUUAAAACUACUUUGUGAAAAUACUCAAAUUAUUACAUUUCAUCCUGAUCUUUCCAAGUGUUUGGAUAAAAUUUAUCAUACAAAAGUCACAGAGUGUAAUCAACUUAAGUGUCUCCUACAAGUUGGAACUGUAGAUUUCAAUGUGAGUUUUCAAAUAGACACAGAUAACCGUGAAAAUUUUCCAUCAGCUGUUGCUUUUCAAUGUUUUCGUAAACAACGUGACAUGUUUUAUGAAAUUUUAAAAAUUUGGGAAGAUAACCAUUUAAUUCCAGGAUGGAAAUUCCAAGUAGCUUUAAAUAGCAAAAUUAGAACUAUGCUAACAAUGCAUGCAGAUGUUACAAAUUUUACUCAUUUUACACGGCUUUUCAAAUCACAAAUGCUUAUAUCAUGUAUAUAUAGUAAUCAGCAGGAAGAUUUAGUAGAUAAUGAAACUUUGAGCUUCGUUAAGAAUUUAAAAGACAGUAAUCCUGAAAAAUUAACAAAAUUAUCAAGAAAAUUAGUUACACCAUUAUCUCAAAGUAGUCCAGUUCCAUUGCCUUCAUUUACUGGAACACAAGAAUUUUAUAAAGAUUUUAUUUUGUAUUCAUCUCAUCCAAUGUUUUAUACAUAUUUAGAAAACACUUUUAUACAUGAAAUUAUGGAACUUAAUGAUUCACAUUUUGUUGGAAGUGAUAUUGAAAAAACAGAAUCUGAAGUUGAUCAACGCACAAAACAAAGUUUUUCUGUGUGCCUAUCUAGUCUAAGAUUACUUUCAAAAUUCUUAGGAUUUAUGACUUCUUUACCCUACAGAUCUGAAACUAGCAUGAUAGAAGAUGUAAUAAAGUCUCAGAUUAUUUUACGCAGUAAGAGCUUACCUCGUAUUGAUUUAGAAUAUUGUCUUCAGAAUGCUGCAAUUCAAGGAAAAUUAUCAUUAACAGUACCAUGGGUAAUUGAAUAUUUAGCUAUGAUGGAUCAUGCAUCUCUUCAAUUACCAUAUUAUAAAAGGGUGUUGGAAAUACUCUAUUGUAUUUAUCGUACUUCUAAUUACCAUUCUGCCAUAAAUUUAGGUUUAAUAUCUCAAAAAGCUACUGCUUUAAUAAGAUUUACAAUCGGAUGGUUAUUUGAAUUACCGAUUUUUCCUAAAGAACUGUAUUUUUCUUGGCAAUCAAAAUAUAGUGAUACAAAUGUUGGAAUAAUAUACAAGAUUCAGCAACCAAUUAAUAAACUUGAAUAUAAUUUAGUUGAUACAGAAACAUCCAUAGUUUCGAUAAGUAAUGAUUUAUCUUUAGAUAAGUUAGAAAUAAUUGAUGAACGAAUUUUAUAUAAUUGUUGUCCAUUCUUAAAAGAAUUAAGCAUUUUAUUAACAUUUGGUAAUGCAACUAUAAAUAAUAAUACUUCAUAUAGACAUAUUACCCCAGUCACUAGUCAAUUACAAAAACCAUCUAAGAAAAUUAAUACAAAGCAUUUAGAGAUUCAAUUAGAAGAAGCCUUUUUUCAUGGACAGGCAAUAUCAACACGAAAAACUGUAGAAUAUAUAUCAGAAAGAGUGGCAUCUAAUUGUAUCAAGUAUAUUUAUAAUAAUUUAUUCAUUGUAGAAAAAAGAAAAAUGUUGGAAGCAUUGAAAGGUCUUUAUGAACAAAAUUAUCAUAAAACUUUGGAGAAAAAUUUUAAAUUAAUACAGAUUGAUUUACAAAAAGAUAUAAAUACAUUAUCAGUUAAAGCUUCGGAGAAUAUUAAAAAAAAAUGUGACCAAAUUAUACAAACGAUUUGUGAAUAUCGUGUGAUACAAUCUAUUGAAUCUCUUUUAUCUGAGGAUUGUUCAAAGCCUGUUAAAAAUAUGUGUGUAAAAAUUGCAAUAAGACUGGCUAUGGAAAGGAUAGAUCAAUGGAUUCAUUCGCAUAUUAUUAGAGAUACAAUUUUCACAAAAGAUAUGGAUAUUGAAUUAAAUAGAAUUUUAAAACCUUAUGAUGAACUAAUCAUAGAUAAACAUCUUCAUAAUCCAAACGCUACAAAUCCUAGUAGUAUUUUACAUAAUAUUAGAAGUUUUAUUUGGGAUUUAAUAGAAACAAAUGGAAGUACAAUAACAAUGGAGAGUCUAUCUAAAUUCUUGAAUCAAUUAUAUGAAAGUUUAAUGCAACGUUCUGAUUUGAAAUAUAUAUCAGAAAUAACUAUUUUAUCAUUAAGUAUAGAUUUAUGCUUAUUCUUAAUAAUUUUCAGAAAUGAUUUAUUUACAUCUGAAAUUCAAGAAAAAUUUUUUAAAAUUUGGAAAAUAGAUCGUUUUAAAUAUUCCUAUCCAGAUUCACCAUUAUCCAGAUUACUAAGUCCUCGAAAUAUAAUGUUGAUGAUGCAAGCUGAUAAUGAUAAUGUAUGGAUAAAUUGCGGAAAGUUCUUAAGUCAGUUAUUAAAAAUGAAUGUUUUAUCAAUUGACGCAUUAAGUGAACAAGCUGUCGCCUUGUUUAGAAAUGAAUGGACUAUUACAAUAACAAAAAAGUUAUCAAUGUGCUUGAAUGAAGCGAUUAAUAGAUAUAGAUCAUUAGAUGAAGAAACUGAACGAAUCAGAUAUUUAUUAGAAUGGGUAGCAGAAACUUAUAAUGAUAUGGAACAUGAAAAUUUCAUAUUUGAAUAAAUUAUCUAAUAAAAUUAAUUGACAAUUAGGUUAAAAA